AUGGAUUCUUCGGUCCUGGACCAUCAGUCUUUGGACGGUACAGUGGUGGAGUUCCAAGGACUUGGAGCGCUGGGUAGAGUGGAGCCACAGAUGGGUUUGCUGAAGGGUCAGUUGGUGCCGUUGGACUCAAGCCAGGUACAGCCAGUGAUGUACAUGCGUGCGACGAUCGGGAGAGGUCUGUGGAAACUCAACCGCUCCCUGCUGGAGGACCAGGUUCUGGUCAGCCAGUACCGGGAGCGGUACCGCGAGUGGCAGACCCUCCAAGACCUGUACGAAACACGAGCACAGUGGUGGGAGAUGGUGAAAGCCUGCACCGUCCCGGGAAGGAGGAUCACGGACAGCCUGGUACUGAUCCGAGACACCAUCUGUUUUGCGAGAGACAGAAACAUUCGGCUGAUAGUCCUAAAUCUAGAUUUUGAGAAAGCGUUUGAUCGGGUCUCGCACCAGUACCUCUUCCAGGUACUGCAAAAAAUGGGUUUUCCUGGGAGCAGUGAAAGUGAACUGCGGUGUCCGUCAGGGUUGUCCGUUAUCCGCCCUUCUCUAUGUGGCCUGCAUCGAGCCGCUGGCGCAGAUCUUGAGAAGGACCCACAGAUUUUAGGUGUAACGAUACCGGGGAGUGGAGGGCAGGUAGUGAAAUGUCUUUUAUACAUGGAUGAUUUUAACAUUUUAUGUACAGAUCUUUUAUCAAUAGAUAGGAUUUUUCAAUUAACCGAUUGGUUUGGGAAAGCAUCAGGGUCAAAAUUAAACAAAGAAAAAACAAAAGCACAAUUUUAUGGACCAUGGAAAGAGAAUGAAAAAUUAGGAUGUCAGUUUCAAGUAACGGAAGAACAAAAAAUACUGGGAGUAAAAUUUGACAAACAUGGAGAAGGAAAGACAAACUGGAUUGAAAUAACAAGAAGAGUAAAACAGCGACUGGGAUUCUGGGGAAUGAGGAACCUUACGAUAGAAGGAAAGAUUUUAAUAGUUAAAGCUGUGAUUUUACCAGUGUUUUUAGUCACCAGUGCUGUUUUUAUCCCUCCUAAGAGAGUGUUUUUAGAACUACAACGAGCCAUUUUUUAUUUCAUAUGGAACUCCAAAUGGGAAAGGAUAAAAAGAGAAAUCAUGUACAAACCCAAAGAAAAAGGAGUAAAAGGAGUCCCAGACCUUCACUUGUUUUUAGGCAGCCAUUAUACGAGCACCCACCUGAAACAAGCAAUGAACCUUUCCAGUAAUAACAAAACAAACAAGAUGACCAGAUUCUGGUGCGGGUCCUAUCUUAGAAAAUUAAAAAUGAUAAAAAGCGAUUUUAGAACUCCAGUAGCUUUUAACCUUCCUCCAGCAUAUGCUUUUAUACGGAAAUUUUUAGAACAUUUUAGAUUGGAAGGAGAGGAGAGCAAGAUUUUAACAAAUCAUCGUCUUAUUAUUUCUGUUGUGCAGGACCGGGAACCAGUGACUCCAGUGCGCGGCCUCCUGUACGGAGAUGCCUCCACCGUUUGGCGCAACGUGAGCCAUCCCGUCCUUCCAAACAGACUCCAGGACCUGUCAUGGAUGGUGGCUCAUGGGAUCCUGCCGGUCAGAGCCGUUAUGCACUCCCGCGGCAUGUCUGCAACGUCCAUCUGCCCCCGACCCGGUUGUGGCGCGCCGGAGUCGGUGAGGCACCUGCUGUGGGAGUGCAGCGCUACUGUGGACCUGUGGGCGAAGCUAGUGCUGUACGGGGUGAGCCAGCAGAAAAUAACGAAAAAGGACUUUGCUGAGAUCUGGCUCACCCUAGCCACCAUAAAAGACGCCAUUUGGACCUCCAGAAACUUGCUGGUGAGCAGGCACAGGCAGAUGCCCCCUGUGGCUGUGAUCCGGAUGGCGGCAGCAACAAGAGGAACAUCAAGGGCUGCAGGUGGCGCGCCAAGGACACAGCCACCAAGAAGAAUCGCCUGCGCCUCCGUGGACGAAGGAGCCGGCGCUCCACGAACAGAGGUCCAAGCAGCGGCGGCCUGGCUCUCCGGGUGA